UUUUCUGUAGAUUAACUAUAACUAGUGAAGUAGGAAGUAGUGAUGGCCGCCAUCCUCCAUGCUAUGACCAGAGAUAUUUUUCUCAAAAGAUAAAAAUAUUGUUUCAAUUAGUAUCAAUUUUUUAUUGUACUGCAUCUUCCUUAUAAUAUUGUAUGUCGUUGUGUUGUUGUUUGUUUUUUCUAUAUAAUUUAAUUGUUCAAUGGAGAUAUUAGCAAAUAGAAAUACUCAGAGAAUUGUGAACGAUAAUACGCAACUACUUGUAUCUCCUGCCAAGGCUGGGUAUAUUGAACGAUUGGAUGAGAAAAUAUUCAUCAAGAAAGGAUUGAAUAUUAUUGGGAGAGAACAUUAUUGCCACAUUGUGAUUCCUAAUGAGGCUCUUUCCUCUAAACAUGCCUUGAUUUAUGUUGAAGAUGAAGACAAACAUUUCGUUUGUGACUUGAAAAGUACUAAUGGAACUAAGGUGAACGAUGAAUUAAUAUCUGAUAAAACAUUUCAUCCCUUGAACGAUGGUGAUACAGUUUCAUUCGGCGGUUAUGAUGUUAUAUACUUCAAGUUGGCCGAAGGCAUUGGUGGAAUACUUGAUAGGAGUACAGAUGGUAUCCAAACGACUUCCACACAAGCAAUUGAAAAUGAUGCUAAAGAUCCUCUGGAUGACUCAUUUGAAUUCCCAUCGGCGAGUGACGUAGAUGGUCUUUUCGAACAAAGUGUAAAUAACUUCACAAUACCUGAGACACCACCAAUUCAAUCAACGCCCAAGAAUUGUGUUACAAAUGGAACACCAGAAUCAUGUACGAACACCUCGAUAAUAAAUGCUGAGCCGGAGGAAAGUGGUGAUGGCAAUGAAAGGGAAGGGGAAGGAUCCACCUGCCAUAAUUCUGAUGCUUCUUUCAAUCUUGUACUGGAAGAUACUUUCAAUUUCAAUAAUAGUGAUAAUGCUGCUACAAAUGUGCAAAAUGAAUUGUGUGAUAAAGUAGAGUAUCAAGCAUUACGAAUUGAGGAAGAAAAUGAUGAAAUAGUAACAGAAGCUAUUGACGCAGAUAAUCAAAUCCCAAUAGAAGAUCUUUGCACCCAAGCGUGUGACAAUGGUGCACCCACUGUCUAUGCUGGGGAACCUCAACAAUCUAUUGGAGCGAAUGAUGAAACCAUGGUUGUUACUCAUGAAGAGGAAAACUCUGAAAUUCUAAAACACUUGGCAAAAGAAGUGGAAAAUCCAGUACCAAUAAAAAAUUCUCAAGAGGCAUUCUCAUCUUCAUCAGAUGAUGAAGAUGAAAGGUUGUUGAAAACUGAUGUUUGUAGUUUACCAGCCACUCAAAUUCUGCAACAGAAAUCAUCGGUAAAACGCUGUACAAGGACGCGAAAACAACAAGAAGAGGCCUUGGAGGAUUCCGUGAAUGCUGACUUGAAUAAGAAUAGAACCGAUUCCUCAGCACUUAAUUCAAAGUCUAAUGAAUCUCCCGAUGAAACGUUGGUAAUUGACGGAGAAAAUAGUAAAAUUAACGAGGAACAUUCUGAAAUUCUGAAACAAUUGGCAAAAGAAGUGGAAGAUCCAGUACCAAUAAAAAAUUGUCAAGAGGCAUUCUCAUCUUCAUCAGAUGAUGAAGAUGGAAGUUUGUUGAAAACUAAUGUUUGUAGUUUACCAGCAACUCAAAUUCUGCAACAGAAAUCAUCUGUGAAACGCUGUUCAAGGACACGAAAACAACAAGAGGCCUUGGAGGAUUCCGUGAAUAAGAAUGGAACCGAUUCCUCAGCGCUUAAUUCAAAGUUUAAUGAAACUCCCGAUGAAAUAGAGGCCGAAACGUUGGUAAUUGACGAAGAAAGUAGUAAAAUGAACAAAUCACCACAAGUAGGUACCGAAAUUGAAGACUUGAGCACUCAGGAAUGUGAACCAAGUGUUUCUAAUAUUUAUGCAGGUGUGCCUCAACCAUGUGUUGGAUCAGCUGAUAACACAAUGUUAGUUGACUUAGAAACUUCUAAUCCAUGUAACCAAUUAGAAUCUAAUUUUAGAAAACCACCAACUCUAAAAGAAGCGCUAGGUUCACCAGCAAAAGAAGAUGAACUUUUUCAAAAUGGUUUAUCAUCAUCUGAUUUGUGUAGUUUACCGGCCACACAAAUUCUUCCAAGGAAACUGGCAGUGAAACUAUGUACAAGGACCCGAAAACAACAAGAAGAGGCCUUAAAAGAUUCCUUGAAUAAGAAUGGAACAGAUGAAACAAUGCCCAUUGAAAUAGGAAAUUCCAAUGACGUUUGCAGUUUACCAGCCACUCAAAUUCUUCCAAAGAAACUGACAGUGAAACUCUGCACAAGGACCCGAAAACAACCAGAAGAGGCCUUGCAGGAUUCCGUGAAUGCCGACUUAAAGAAGAAUGGAACAGAUGCCUCGGUGAAUAAUUCAAAGUCAAAUAGAUAUACUGAUGAAACAGCGGCCGAAACGUUGGUAAUUGACGAAGUAAGUAGAAAAAUUAUCAAAUCACCUCAAGUAGCUUCACAGAUAUCAAUUGAAAACUUGUGCACUCAGGAGUGCGUACCUGGUGUGUCUAAUGUUUAUGCAGGUGUGCCUCAACAAUAUGCUGGAUUUGCUGAUGAGACAAUGCUCUUCGACUUGAAAACUUCCAAUGGUCAUAACCAAUUAGAAUCUAUAAAUGUUGAUUCAUCAACACCACUAAAAGAGAAAGACGGUCAGUCGAAAAUCAGUCAAAUUCAGCCGAAAGACGUUCAUAGUCCACAAAUUCAUUCAAACUCAGUUGAUGAUGAUGAUGAUGAUGAUGUAAGUCUGUUGACAAGUGAGGCCACUCAGUUAUUGCCUAUGAAGACUCAAGUCAAUCGCUGCCCAAGAAAACCUUUCAAGCAUGUUGAUUCAUCAAAAAAUUCCUCAAAUGCUGACUCAAAUUGUAAUAAAGUUGAUGAAUCGGAUAAUUUUGCUAAAAUUGGUUGUGUCAAAGUUGUUCCUGCAAGUAAAAUUAUUGUCCAUGAUGACUCGAGUACAGAUGAUGAUUUGUUUCCUGAGGAUAUGGUUUUAGACAAAAGUUUGAAUCAGCGUCAGCCGAAAAUUUCAGUUGAAAAAGUGAAAACAAUGAACCAACUACAAAAUUGUGUUUCUAAAACUCCAUCUGCCACGAAAAAAACAAAUUGUUUGGAAGAUUUAAAGAAUGAUCUGAUGACUCAACCAAUAAUAUCUUUUGAAUCAAUUAGUCAGAUUCAUAAUUAUCUUUCUAAAUCCCAAUCUUCAAGCGAGGAAAAUAAAUCUGUAGACUUGAAAAAUGACGUGCUGACAGAGUCACCCUUUAAGAAGCCAUCUUCUCACCAAGUCAAAAAGAGUUCUAUUUUCGAAAAUAUAUCUAAGUGUGACCCUGAUGAAAUGAUCUCACCUGCAAAAUCUGAAACUAUCAGCCAGAUCCAGAAUUUUAUUUCUAAAUCAUCUUCGAGAAAGGAAUGUAACUCUUUAGAAGACUUGAAAAAUGACCUCCUAACUCAGCCAAUAUUUCCAAAACCUGGCCCAUCUUCUAACCAAAUCAAGAAGAGUUCUAUUGAAAAUGCAACAAACUUUUCUCCUGAUGAAAUUUCAACGGUAAAAUCAGAAUCUCUGACCCAGAUAAAAGAUUUUGUCUCUAAAAAUGAAAGUCGAACACGAAAAAAAAACCAAACUACUGUGUCAGCUGUUUUGGAAAAUGUCGAGUCUGGUGCCGAUGAGAUACCUGCUUCACCAGGCCGAUCCGAAUCUACGAGCCAGAUUCAGCAGUUUGUCUCAAAAAGUAGAACACGGUCUUUGUCUUCAAGGGAAUCUGUGUGUGAAGCAGAAGCCACCCAAACCAAAGCCAAGAGAACUCGUGUGCCAUCCAGAAAGAUGAAAGAAGCCAAUGAGGAUGCCACAGCCAAAGAGAAGAAGAAAAGAGGAAGACCGAGGAAAGUUGUAAUCGAGGACGACGACUCAUCUCCUGAAAUCGUAAUAACCAGCAAGAAGACAUCGACAAAUAGUAAAAGGAAAGCUGAGGAUGGUUUACUUAGCCCAGAAGCUGACUCCUCAACAUCCAAAUAUCCCAAGUUGGAAGUGACAAAAUCGACAACUAAUCAACCAAACGACGAAAUGGAUUUGGACAUAGCUGACAUGAUUAAAAUGAGGAAGCGCAGUACAUCAAUACGUCCCGGAUCAUUACAUCUUGUUAAACCAAGUCAGAACCAUAAUGUGAUAUUCACUUUCAUAAAAAAGAGUUCAGAUUUGCCAAAUAAGGUAAAAAAAUUAGGUGGAACCAUUGGUACAUCGCCAGCAGAUUGUACUGUUCUUGUGGCAGAGGAGGUAAAAAGGACAGUGAAAUUUCUGUGUGUCGUUGGUCUAGGAAAGCCUAUUGUCGAUCCCAAAUGGGUCCACGACUCAUACCAGGCUAAUUCAUUUCUUGAUCCGAUGAAAUAUGUAUUGAAAGACUUGAAAAAAGAAGCAGAAUUUCAUUUUAAUUUGGAAAAUUCUCUGCAAAAAGCAAAAGAAGAGCCUUUACUAAAAAAAUACUCUGUUUUUGUUACGCCAUCUGUGAAACCACCGCCUUCGGAAAUGAAGGAAAUAAUUGAAAGCUGCGGUGGACGUUUCCUUGACAAUCUUCCAAUAAGAUGGCCUGCCAAUUCCUUGAUCAUAUCCUGCAUAGAGGAUGAAAUUAUUUAUAGUAAAUGGAAGCUGAAGGCCAAACCGUUCAAAAUAUUAGAAGCUGAAGGAUUGAUUAAAGCGAUCCUUCAGCAACAUUUGAAUUUUGACAUUCAUUUAUUAUAAAAUGCAUGAGCAUAAAUAAUAUCACAAACUUGAAUGACCUUGUUCCUUAAAUUAAUGCUAAGGCAGUAGUAUCUGUCGCACAAUUUUCUCUCAUGAUGAUAUGUUUUUAUUAUAGAUACCAAACGUAAAGCGAGAAAUGGAAUGAAUUUUAACGUCUCAAUGAAACUGAGAAAUAAUAAUUGAUAUCCCAGAUUAUUUUCAAAUAUUGUUUUAAAUAUAAUAUGAAUGACUGAAAACUAUGCUCCAAUUUCUCAAAGUAGAAAUAUCACCAUAGCCACCUCUAAUACAAGGCCCCGGCCUACGAUAUUGCAACGUCGCAGUGUAGGCUUAGAAUCUAAUACAUGAUUGGUGAAAAAGAUAUAAAAAAAUACCGCUGAUCUUUUUCACCAAUCAUGUAUUAGAUUCUAGGCCUACACUGCGACGUUGCAAUAUCGUAGGCCGGGGCCUUGUAUUUGAGCCUGUUCACAUGACAGCGAUUUACGCUCGGUUGUCGCGCGGUUGCCAGGUAUAGGGAAACACAUGGUGCCGUACACAUGCAUCGCUCGGUUUUAGUAGUCGCCGGCGAAUCGCGGCGGUUGUAAUCUCAGACUCAACCGAGGGCAAAUCGCUCAUGAAUCGCUGUCAUGUGUACGAGACUGGCAAAUCGAGUGAUUUGACAACCGAGCGUAAGUCGCUGUCAUGUGAACAAGCUCUUAGAGGUGGCUAUGAUAUCACCGAAUGUAUACAAAUUACAUAUUUUACCGCUAGUGAUAUUUAAGUUCCUGACUGAAAAUUUCACUAAAUCUUUUUAAAAGUGAAAAAUGCUUUUUCCUGUUUCAUUCUACCUUUCAGAUUUAUUCUUUAUAAGUUUUCAUUGUAUUAUUGGAAAUUUUUCCAAAUCUUUUUUAUUCCACCGGAAUAGAAAAGAAAACUUUAUUGGCCAUUACGUAAAAAGUACCUAGUUGGAUUAAUUACCUGAAAUAUGAUUGCGGAAUGUCAUAAUUAUGUGUAUAACAUAUGUUUAUUAAUAAUCUAUCCGUGGAUAAUUAUGGUAUGUUUUAGUAUGUAAGUGACAAUAAGAUUACUAUGGAUUUCUUCAUUUCUUAUAUUAAAAGCAGUGUUGCUUUCCUUCCAUUGUUCAAAAUUAAAUUAGCCUAUAGUUGAAUAUUGUACAUAGACUGAUUAGAUUUAUUCUAUAAAUAAGUAUGUUGAACUUUGUAAGAUUCUUAGAAAUCUAAAUCUAUGUAUAUUGUGUAUAGAAAUUUUAUAGCUAUUAUAUGGCUAUCAUUGAUUUUUUAAAUUACCGAGUAAUUGCAUGUGGAAGACAUGUUGUGUAUAAUAUAAUCUUGCUUUUUUCUUUAAAGCUGAAUAUUUUUCAAGAUAUA